CAGUUUUCUGAUUGGUGGAGAAGCCUUCUCAGAGGCGUUUCAUCGAAGGGAAAACCGGAAGUGGAAAUCGUAGCCGCCGCCUCGGCCGCCGCAAUGCAGAGGGAGGAGAAGCAGCUUGAGGCAUCAUUAGAUGCACUGCUGAGUCAAGUGGCUGAUCUGAAGAACUCAUUGGGGAGUUUCAUUUACAAGUUGGAGAACGAGUAUGACCGGCUGACCUGGCCCUCUGUCCUGGACAGCUUUGCCUUGCUUUCUGGACAGUUAAACACUCUGAACAAGGUCUUGAAGCAUGAAAAAACACCGCUGUUCCGUAACCAGGUCAUCAUCCCUCUGGUGUUGUCUCCAGACCGAGAUGAAGAUCUCAUGCGGCAGACUGAAGGACGGGUGCCCGUUUUCAGCCAUGAGGUAGUCCCGGACCAUCUGAGAACCAAGCCUGACCCUGAGGUGGAAGAGCAGGAGAAGCAACUGACGACAGAUGCUGCCCGCAUUGGUACAGAUGCAGCCCAGAAGCAGAUCCAGAGCUUGAAUAAAAUGUGUUCAAACCUUCUGGAGAAAAUCAGCAAAGAGGAGCGAGAAUCAGAGAGUGGAGGUCUCCGUCCGAACAAGCAGACCUUUAACCCUACAGACACUAAUGCCUUGGUGGCAGCUGUUGCCUUUGGGAAAGGACUGUCUAAUUGGAGACCUUCAGGCAGCAGCGGUCCUGGCCAGCCAGGCCAGCCAGGAGCUGGGACAAUCCUUGCAGGAACCUCAGGAUUACAGCAGGUGCAGAUGGCAGGAGCUCCAAGCCAGCAGCAGCCAAUGCUCAGUGGGGUACAAAUGGCUCCAGCAGGUCAACCAGGGAAAAUGCCAAGUGGAAUAAAAACCAACAUCAAGUCGGCUUCAAUGCAUCCCUACCAGCGGUGAGUGUGGCUGGCAACCUCGACUCCCUGGUGCUCUUUGCAGAGCUGGGCAGUGAAAUUACCUUUUGCUCAAGGCCCACCUAGAUGGGUACAAUAAAAAGAACAUGAGCUUUCAGCAACAGACAAAUCCCACCUCCACCACUGACUAGCUGUGUGACCUUGGACAGUGACCUAAUUUUUCUGAGCUUGUUUUCUCAUUUGUAAAUGGUGAUAAUACCUACCUCAUAGGGUUGUUGUGAGGAUUAAAAUGAGGAAAUGAAUGUGAAGUGCUUAGCAUAGUAUAUGAAAUAAUGGGUAUUCAAUAAAUGAUAGUUUCUGUAGCUACUUCUCCCCACCACCCUCCAUAGUCCUUGAUCCAGAACUUACCCUGAUCUGAUACUGCCUAAUGUCAAUGGUGAACUGAUGGACACAAGAUCAAAUAAGGCUAUGCUUAUUUUGUGCUUCCAGAAACUGUAGCAACUCUGUGUUCUUAGAGGCACACUGUCUUUGCAGGCCCUCCUGCCCGGGUUUCAUCCUGGCUAUCCCUCUAAGGUGCAGGUGAAGAAGCUUCUGGGCCAGGGGGAAAAAAAGUGCCCAUCUACAGCUCUGGUGAAACUUGGGCCUCCUCUUCUUUCUAUCCUCUGAGAAGCCAACAAACACAGCUCUUACCUGGCAAAUAGUCACAAAGUCCUCUAUCCUUUACCCCACCCUGUACACACGAGGCCUUCUCAGGAAGUGGCUCUGCCAGGCAGGACUAUGUGGGAAAGCAUUUUUCCUUAGCACAUGAAAAGCCCCUUCCCCUAGACUCAUGGUUCUUAUUUCGGAGGGAGAAGAGAAUUGCACUUCACACUGCCAUCAGGGUUUAGCUGACCUCAAAAUAGUGCCCAGUUCCUUGACUCUGCCCAGGAUGGCUUUCCUUCAUUUUCCUAAGCCUGUGGCCCAAAUCGUGGACCAGAUUGAUGGUGGGAAGUGGGGCAACCCCCAGUAACUUUGCCUGCUUUUAUAUAGUUGAACAAAGUGAAUUUAGACAUUUAGGCUAACCUGCCUUUCUUAGUACUCCUUUGUCAGCAUGGGCAGGGGCUGAGUCAGCAAAAGUGGACCAAAGGUUUCCUCUGAAUAAAGUUAUUUAAAUUGAUGUUCA